AUGCCCAGCCACAGCAUCCCUAGUGGUUUGGUGAAGCUCUACUUUGCCGGUGCUCCCUGGAAGUUCUCAGCCUGGCAGGAUAUCACGGACAUUUGCCAUGGCCUCUUUCUGGAAGACGAUUCACAACUUCCAGAAGGUUGGACCCAGCAGACAGCCACACAAAUCGCAAAGUAUUUUGACCUCUACAAUGCCAAGCUGACCAAGGACACCAAAAUCAAGUUUGUGUGUCAGAAGAAGGAUGUGACUGUACCUGGCCACGCCAAGAUGAUGACCAAUAUGACAGAGGAGCUGGAUUGCCUUAUGGAGGGACUUGGCAUCCCCCAUGAGGAAUUGGCCAAGAGAAAGUCUGCAAAAUCCACAGAGGACGUCUCCAAUAUUGUCAACCUCUAUCAUGACUACUUUAAGGCUGUUCCAGUAGAUGAUGGGCCCAUUAUUGACACUGAGGACCGCCCUAUCUCUGUCUCAUUUGCUGGGCUUGUAGCAGCUCUCGCUGCCAACCUCAGCUUCAAAGAUGGUCUUCCUAUUCUGUUCAAUUGUCUUUGA